GUGAUCUGAAGGAAUUCUUUGAGGGCGACCAGAAAGACGUGACCCAUGAUGAUAAGUGCUUUAUGAAAUGCGUGCUGAAGCAUUCGGAAGUGUUGAAAGAUGACGGCACCAUAGACGCUUCUGCUAUGAAGGAUGACGAACCGGAUCUUGUGCCUUACGCCGAAGAGUGCAGUAAGAUUGAGAAAAACGACGAUCUGUGUGAACUAGCUUACCAGCACACUCUCUGCAUGCUCGAGAAGGUCCCCAAGGAUAAACUGGACCAACUUAUCAAGGAGCACGAGGAGCACCUGUAAGAGAGACGCCUUCAUUGCAGAAUGAAAACGCAAAAUGAUGGGUGGUUGUAAAUAAAAGAUGAAAAAUAAAAUUGCAUAUAUUUAUUCGGGUA